AUGAUUCUUGGCUUUCUGCGGUUUUCAAGUGUACUGCGACGUAUUACAAGAAAGAGACACGGAGUAGGUAAGCUUAUGGAGUCAGUAGAAGAAAAUAGUUCCACAAAUUUAGCAGACAUGCCACCUGUAGAACGAACUUCUGAAACAUCGCACCUUGUACCACCAAAUUCAACAUCGCCACCUAGCUAUUUGAAUUUAGCUAGCAACUUAUGUGCACUGUUGUUCAUUUCCAUCAUAAUCUAUUGCUGUUUUGGAGAUGGCGUUUCUUUAUUUUCAUUUCACCCUAGCCUGAUGUCAUUAGGGUGGCUGAUGAUUAUGACAUCUGCUAUAAAUGCAAUUACUCCAGGAGACUUGGCUACGGAAUGGAUGCCUAUUCGACUCCGCAGUGCACGUCAUUGGGUUCUACAGUUACUGGCUGUCACCAUUAUAACAAUUGGAUUUAUAGUUAUACUUUCUAAUAAAAUAAUCAAUAAUAAACCUCACUUUGUCACUUUACAUGCCAAAUUUGGACUGGCUUCGCUGAUUUUUAUGUCGUUAACAUCUUUGGGAGACGAACUAUCAGCCAGCGUACAGAAACUACCGCAGCCCUGGCUGCUUAUGUACGCUGAUGUUAUCGCACUGGUUGAUGGGGACAAAGGACGGCUCACCAGACGCGUGCACGCAUGGAGGGAGGCGCUUGAGAACGGCGGGCUGAAGUUAAACGUGGCGAAGACGGAGUAUAUGGUCUGCAACAAUACAGAUCUGACGUCUCUCCGUAUAGGCGACGACACCGUCGAGCGCACGGACAACUUCAGGUACCUCGGAUCUGUGCUUGAUGCGUCCGGGGACAUCGAUCGCGACAUCAAGGCCCGUAUAUCAGCGGCCUGGGCGAAAUGGCGCGAGGUGACGGUUGUCAUUUGUGACCCCAAAAUGCCGGUCAAGCUGAAGGGACAGGUCUAUAAGACCAUCAUAAGGCCUGUCCUUACGUACGGCAGUGAGGCGUGGCCGGUGCUGGAGCGACACCGGCAGUUGUUGCAUGUCACGGAGAUGAACAUACUGCGGUGGAUGUGUGGCGUCACGCGGAAAGACCAUGUAUGGAAUACAUACAUCCGCGGCAGCCUCCAUAUCCUCGACAUUGCUAACAAGCUGUAG